AUGGGACUGGGUUGGGGUCCUCUGCAUCCUUUCCAACCCUGCCACCCUCUUUCCUGGGUAACCCCAGCCCCAGCCUACUUGGGCCUCCCUGAGAGCCUGGCCUCUGUCUCUGUCCCCAGGCGACUGCAUGCCCUCUCCUACCUCCUGCACGGUGCCCUGCUGGGGGCCUACAGCCUCCAACAGUCCCUGUCCUGUCCCUGCUCUCCGGAGACCUGCUGCACCCAGUCCGGCCCACCUUGUGGGCAAGGGGUCUGGGACAUUCAGCAGAGGCCAGGCCAGGGCUGGGGCCAGAGGCAGGGCCAGCGGCGGUGGGGAUGUGGGUGAGCUGAGAAGCCCGAGAGAGGAUGGCCAGGGGGCUCUGGGGCUGGCCCCAAGACCCCGCUGAUGCCACCGAUGCCACCACCACCCCCUGGCAAGAAUGGGAAGAAGGAUGCCCAAGAUGUGGAACCUCCCCCUGACAUGCCGCCCGCUGCUGAGGAGGGCUGGGAGUCUGAGUACUAA